UAUAGAGAUAGAGAUAGAAAAGAAGCCGAAUUUUUACAAUAUCUAUUGGGUUAGAUUCUAUGUGCGUUUGUCAGCCAUGGGUGCCAGAAAAAUUAAGAAGCAUUCUAGCUCCUCCGAAGGAACUCCAUCUCCUCCUCCGCAUUCAUUCCGAACUCUAAUCUCUGCAGUUCAAUCCCCAGAGGAUCUGAAGCCGCCGCUCAUGAAAGCCAUCUACUAUAUACUGCUCCACUUGUCCUUGAACGAACCGUUGCGUCUUCAGUCUAAUUCUCCGUCUCCUAUAGACUAUUAUCGUUCUCCCUUGGAUAUGGAAGUGGAUUUCAGAGACGUACAGAAGCUUUCUGAGAUUUUGUUCAAAGAACUCGAUGGGAGAUUCAAGCGGUUUUUCUCGGAUUUACAUGAUGUUGAAUCGGAUACAGUUAUGUGUGCCGACGCUCUGGAAGAAUUAGCGCUUCUGUUGCGGUGUUGUAUGGUAAUCCUGAAUUUGCUCGCCUACGAUCAGGAUUUGUUAUUGGAAAAAAGCAGGGUUUUGCUUUUGAUACUCAAGGUUCUAAUUUCUUUAAAAUCUGGGGAGAAUGAGGGUAACGGGCGUAGUACUUGUGUUAGGGUCGAGAAAAUUGUUUCUCGCCAAUGCGCCUUUGAUGAUGGUGACACCGGCUGUACCACCUCCGUUGCCGAGGACUUUGCGGCUUCCUUGUGUUUUCUGGAAUCUUCUGAUCCAUGCCGUCCCUUUCUAUGUGCGCUACUAGAGGUUAUGGCAGACGAGCUUCUAAUAAAUAGAUCAUUGAGAGAGUACCUUAUGCUAGUUGAUUCCGCGUCUUGCAAAAAUGAAGCAGUAUUUACGAGUCAUUUCAGUCAUGGUAAUAUUGGAACUGUGCUGGAGGUGGUUUCUGCUCAUUUUCUCCUAUCAGUUUUUGACGAGCAGGCAUUUGAUAUUUUCAUAAACAGGCUAAUUUGGCAGCAUGACAAGGAUUUUAGAUUUCCUGGAUUGAGCCUCACUCCAGUCGUAUCAUUGCUUCUUAACCCCGUCAUGCUUUCUGCACCGAAGAUGUUCCUUGCCCAUUUUAUUUCAUUGGUUUCUGAAACCAUUGGUUUUGGCAUGUCUUCUAGGAAUUUGAGGCCAGAUCCUAGACUUAUGGAUUGCUACCUUACUGCAUUUGAAAGGUCCCUGAUCUUGUACAGCUGGCACAUGUCUAGUUUGCAAAUUGAUGAUCACCCUGUCGGAUCUAAAGGUACUGCCAAUCCGUGUAUGCUUGGGAGAAGUCAGCUGAAUUUCGAAUCUUACAUUCAGCAAGAUACAAGAAAUAAGAUUGACCGUGCAGUUUUGAAAUCAGAUGAUUUUUGGGACUCUUACUUGUGCGACAGAAUUUUUGGAACAAAAUCUGAUCUGGUGGCUGGAUCUAUUCUGUAUAUGAAAGAGUGUCACCAGGUUUUUGAUGAAUCAUGCAGGGAUGAAAUUUUAUCAAUCUUAGAUUGUAUAAUUCUUAGAGCUUUUCCGGGUGAUGUUCAUGAUAAUGUGCUGUACAAAAAGGGUGAGACAAGUCCUCAAGAUCUUUAUCUUCUUGCUUCCAUCUUGAAGUUAAUGAGUAGUUCAUUGGCACAAGCUAUUUGGUGUUUAAGGCAUGGUGGGAAUCUGGGAUGUCUGAAAACCUUGCAAAAUGCCUCUUCAUGUAAGGAAUAUGAUUUUAUGGUGGGUCUAAUUCGCUCUUUUCAACAAUUCAAUGUCCACCUACCGGUUCAAAGAUUCUUGAGCGAGUUGAUGGAAAAUCUCCCAAGAAGGCAUAAGGAGUCUAAGUGGAUGCUUUUGCACUUUUCAGGCUUGCUGUCUUUGAGUUUUAAUAGUGGGAUCAACUUCUUAGUGAAGGGCUGCAUAUCUAUCAUGAUGUCACUGAUGAAUCUAUUUGCUUUUGAAGAGGGUGAUUUGGUAGCACUAAGGUCAUUGCUUGGAAUCAGAUCGGAAGCCUUUCCACCAAAAUCAUCUUUUGAUGAAGUUCAUGAGCCCCUGGUGGACAAAAAAACAAGUAAAAAAGUUGCAUCAAGAUUUCAGAAGAUUCAAACGCUUUACUUGAGCACGGAUUCUCUCAGAAGCUUCCAUCAAAUAACGCAAAAUGACCAAGUAGAGUCUUCACAGAAUGUAUCCACCCUCAAUCACGUGAAGGAGUCUACUGAUGGCAUAGAGGAGGAAACGGUAGAAACCUGUAAUGGGGAGAUCUUCCUGAAUUGCAUAUUAGAAGGCUCCCGAAAAUCAUCCGAGUAUAAUGAUGUAGCAGAUUUUAUAGAGUGCAAGCAGGGGAAAGAUUACUGUGGCUGGUUGAAAGAUCGACAAAAAUAUCGUAAAUGGAAAUGUCAGAAAAUGGCGGUUUUAAGGUGGAAGAAAAAGAAAAAAACUUGGAAAUCUAUGAAAGGACGUGAAUUAUAAACUGUAUGAUUUGUAUGUAUAGCUGUGUAUAAUUUUGAAUUCAUGUUGUAGGCUGAUCAGCAUUUUUUUAAUUUUUUUUUUGUCAAAACAGGUUCAAAAUAUAAUUUUGUUGGAAAAUAGUUAUAUUUGGGGCUCCA